UGUAUGCACAAGUCCGUUAUAACAUACGGUCUAUUUUCUUGACGAUCAUCGUUACCUGUUUCAUACAAUUUGUCAUAUACGAAAUAUUUAGCAGCAAUACAAUACAAUUGCCAUGUACGUCGAGAGAGAGUUGUUAUGAACAUGCCACCAAGAUAGAGAAUUUUGCCACGCGGACUGGUGCGUUUAGGUCGGGCAUGAAUGCCCUUCGAAACCUGGCUAUGACACGGCAAUAUCUCAAAAAUAAUAUGCAUCCGGCAGAUGUGGCCAAAGAUAUAUACAUUAACCGAGAUACAGGAGUACAACUUCCAAGAACGACUACUGAAAGAGUCAAAGCGGCAUUUGUUGUCCUUGUUCGAAAUCGAGAGCUGGAUGACCUGCGAUCGUCAAUGAGGGACAUGGAGGCUACUUUCAAUUACAAGUACAACUACCCGUGGAUUUUCCUCAACGAAGAGCCGUUUACCGAGGAGUUCAUCAACCUUACUACAUCCAUGACGAAGGCCAACGUCAGUUAUGGGUUGGUAGAAAAAGAGCAUUGGGGUUAUCCGCCUUGGAUCGAUCAAGAUUUGGCGAAGUUGAAAAGGAAAGAAAUGGCUGACGAAGGAAUUAUUUACGGAGGAAGUGAAAGCUAUCGACAUAUGUGUCGAUUUCAAUCGGGCUUUUUUUACAUGCACCCUUUGCUCGAUGAUCUAGAUUACUACUGGCGGGUUGAGCCUGACGUCAAUUUCAUGUGCGACAUCGACUACGAUCCAUUCUUGUAUAUGAAGCAGCAUGACAAGAAAUAUGGUUUCACCAUCUCGCUAAGGGAGUUCUACUCCACUGUACCAACGUUAUGGAAUACCACGAAAGAAUGGAUGGGCUUGAACCAGAAAUACUUGGUUCCUCAGCAUGACCCUGAAAAUUUAAUGAAAUUUGUAACGGAUGAUGAUGGAGAUUCUUAUAAUCUGUGCCACUUCUGGAGUAAUUUUGAGAUAGGUUCUGUAGCCUUUUUGAGAUCUGAAGCAUAUCAAAGCUACUUUAGACAUCUGGAUCAAGCAGGUGGUUUCUUUUAUGAAAGAUGGGGUGAUGCACCUGUGCAUUCCAUUGCUGUAGCUAUGUUGUUGAAAGCUUCGGAAGUUCACUUCUUUAACGACAUGGGCUAUCGCCACGGGCCAUUUCAACACUGCCCUGACGGACCAGACUGGUUGAGUAAAGGAAAAUGUUACUGCGAACCUCGAAAAUCAUUCGAUAUGAGCUUUAAUAGCUGUCUACCAAAAUGGAUGGAAGUAACGAAUACUACUGUGGAGAACUACAUCAUUAGUCAAAGUUAGCCGAAAAGACGUCGGUCCAAUGUGUGUAUUAUCCAUCGGUUUCAAUCUUAAAGUGUCUACCAUAGAAGUUGUAGCAUGCAAAAAUUGUAAUGUGAACCAACGUAAUUUAUAAAAAAAGGAAGUUGAAC